UUCAUUCCCCGGUGAUUCGUCGACCUCUUGCGGAGACACGGAUCAGACCGGGACAACCCGGGACAACCCGGGACCUGAUGCAGUGACAGACCGGGACAGACCGGGACCUGAGGCAGGGACGGACCGACCCCCGGCAGGGACACACCGCCGCCAUGAGGCUCCUUCUGGCCGCAGCCCUGCUGCUGUCGGCGGCCUCGUACUUCGUCUACCUGCCGCUGCCGAGCGGAGUCUGUGAGCCCUGGAAGCUGAUGCUGCUGGACGCGCUGUUCCGGAGCAUCAUGCAGGCGAGCGACGUGGCUCACUCCCUGGGUCUGUGCCACCGCGUCCACCUGCUGAACCGGGUGGUGUCCUGGGUGGAGAACACCGAGGCCCGCUCCUGCCCCGCCGUGCACGUGAGCGACUCCACGCUGGGCGGCGUCCCCGCCCGGGUCUUCCAGGCGAAGGGCGGGGCGGAGCUGAAGAGAGGAAUCAUAUACUUCCACGGCGGGGGGUGGGCCCUCGGCAGCGGACGGAUGCGAUCCUACGACCUUCUUUGCCGGAAAAUGGCGGAGGAUCUGGACGCUGUCGUCAUGUCUGUGGAUUACCGUCUCGCCCCGGAGGCGGUGUUCCCAGAUCAGUACCACGAUGCGCUGGCGGCGGCGCGGGACUUCCUGUCUGCAGAGGUUUUAAAGCGCCACGGCAUCGACCCGGAGAGAGUGUGCGUGUCUGGAGACAGCGCGGGGGGGAACCUGGCCGCCGCUGUGGCUCAGGAGCUCGGCUCGGACGACAGCGUGACCACGAGGUUCAAGGCCCAGGCGCUGAUCUACCCGGUGCUUCAGGCCCUGGACUUCCACACCUCGUCCUACCAGCAGAACCGGGCCGUGCCCAUCCUCUACCGGCCCAUCAUGGCUCGUUUCUGGCUGCAGUACCUCGGCGCCGACUCCUCCCUGGUGCCCCUCCUGCUCGCCAACAACCACAGCUCCCUGGACCAGCCGGCCAUCGGCGCCGACACCCGCUCCAAACUGGACUGGACCUCUCUGGUGCCGGGCGAGCGCAGGAAGCACUACCGGCCGCUGGUCAGGGACACGGGAUCCCCGGGGCUGCUGGGGGAGCUGCCGGCGCUGAUGGACGUGAGGGCGGCGCCGCUGCUGGCAGAGCAGAGGGUUCUGGGUCGGGCGCCCACAGCCUACGUGAUGACGUGUGAGUUUGACGUGCUGCGGGACGACGGGCUCAUGUACGUGAAGCGGCUGCAGGACGCCGGCGUCCCGGUGACCAGCGACCACUACGAGGACGGCUUCCACGGCUGCAUGGUGUUCGCCUACCUGCCCAUGCUGUCCAGCGUGGGACGGAGGAGCAUGAACAACUACAUCCGCUGGCUGGACCGGAACCUUUAGACCAAUCAGGACGCGUGGAACCAAAGGACCCUGGAGCAGGAGGUGUGGUCUCUGCCCCGCGGAGGAGGCGUGUCUUAUUUAAACCGUGACUGUUUCCUGUGAGAUGUGAAGUUCAACAACAUGGAACUCAGUCAACAACUCAGAAUCCAAAGCUCACGGACGAGACGCUGCAAUGACACGAUGAUCGUUUGAGAUAUGAUUCAUAAUUUUAGCCACUUGCAGUCGAAUCAUCCUCGAAAACGACGGAUUUUGCACGUUUUUAAAAAAUAGCUUUGACGCAGCGGAUUUGAGUUCAUCUCCAAAAACGUUAUAUCGUUGCUCAUUCACUUUGAAUUCUGAAAUACCGCCUCCUGCUGUUCAUGUGCUUAACUGCAUCAUGUGGACGUGCAGACGCGGAUUGAAAACCACUGGACCUGUAGAUCAGAAGUUUAAUAAACCACAAAUCAAACGCACUGAUUCAUAAAACCCCAAAAAAUCUGAUGUCACCAAAAACUAUGCUUUUAGAAAAUUUUGAUUUAUUUAAAGAAGAAAAUCCAGGGAUAUAUAAUUUAAGUCCAAAAGGUCUUAUAAUGAUGUUAGUAAUAAUGAUACCAAUAAUACUAAUGAUGAUAAUAAUAAGAAUUUGUGAAACAAUACAAACUAACUACUGAUUUAAUCUGUGACACUACUUCCUGUGGCAUUCCAAAAUGUGAGCUAAGAGAAAAGAAUUAAUGUUUAGAAUUAUCUUGAUUUCACUUUUUUAUUUCGACAGUUUUAUCAGAAACACAGAGUCUGUUGUGUAGAAAUUUGUAUUUAAAACUUCAAUAAUGCAAAACUCGGAGUUAACCACUAUAUUAUUUAACUAUUUACUGUUUGAUAUUUCAUAUCAGGGACAAUCAGCAGCUCAUCUUCACUGAGGCGUCUUUACUCGCUGUAAACUGAGACAUCAGUCGACAACGUUUGGGGAACAAAUACAUUUAAAUUCAAAUUUCUCAUAAACAAAACUUUCUUUCAGUUAAAAUGGUUAAAAAUAUAUAAAUAUAAGAUUAAUGAAACUACCUAACAAGCUCUUACCCGACCUGGUGUAACGAUCACAGAGGAAGGAAAGAUGGUUUUUAUUCUUUUGUGAUUCACUGAGACACUGAAACAAUCCUGUGUGUGUGUGUGUGUGGUAAAAGUGUGCGUUCACAGCUGUGUAGACUCACUGGCUUGUGUAUUAAUGUGUAUUUGGAAGCGUCUCUCGCUCUCUGACGAUCUGAUGACCACUGUGGAGUCGGGCCAACGCCACGGCGUCCUCCAUGAGGCUCAUGAUGAAAGCUGUGAAACAAAUGAGAGAUGCACUGUCUCUCCCUGGGAGACAAGUUGUCCCCUUCGGACUCUCGGGUUCCCCCCCCCCCCCCCCCACACACCCCUGAGACCGACUCUAAUCCAAAGUAACGAAGCGACAACAGCGAGCGGCGGACAGGGCUUUGGCCCCGGGCCCCGAACGCAGUGAGCAGAGAGCGUGACCCCGAGGGCCUCACAUCACCCACCACACAUGAUGACGUGGUGUCAGUGAUCAUCACUUUACUCCCAGCAUGCAAUGCAAAUGACAUUACGCACACAUUUCUAGAAAGCAGUGACUUUGUUCAACACGUGUGUGCAUUGAGCUCAGUCCCUUUAAAAUCUGUUAAUGGAUUUCCACUGCGGAGAAAAGCUUUCAAACGUUUCUCGGGGCUGUAAUUUGAAUGGCAUGUGUGAAAUUGUGCGUAAAAUGGUUUUAUAUUGGAUAAAUAAGAUUUUAUUAUGCGUCUGGGUUUUGCCACUGGUCGUCUCGACCAAGUUAAAACACAAAAUCGGCCCCAGAUGAGCUCCGGCCGCACAAAUACGUCCCAUAUAGAAGCUGAUGUGUUCGUGGCGGUGUCGACUGGUGGUGCGUCGGGUUACGUCUCGUUUUCUUUAUGUUUUAUUCUUUUCCACAAUGUUCUGCACGUUCAUCACCGUGUGUUUGUCUGAGCAAUGCGCUGGUGGAACUCUGGAAUCGAACAAUAUCUAGAACUUUAAAAUUGAUUUUAGACUUGAAGAAAAGACGCGACAGGUGAUUUAGUCACAGUUAGAAAAAAGAAAUAUUGAAAUCUAUUUUUUUCUGUUAUCUACAUUCCUAGAAAAUCUUGUGUGUUAAUUGUGCGACACUGAAUAUUGUAUAUUUGUUAGAAAUGAGGGGAAAUAUUAUCAUAUUGAUUCAUGUUUUGUUUUCCGGUGACACUUUAUUUCAAACAUUUCUUUAAAUGUAUUUGUACGAAUCUAAGAUGGUGUUUUAUCAGGUGUUUUGUUAAUGAUGAGUAUUUGUCAGCAAGUAUAACUUGAAAAUAUAUAUGCUUUAUAUUUUUAUCUUUUAAAACAUUAUCUGUUUAUACAGCAGCUUUCAUACAUGUGAACUCGUUGCUUAUAAAUGCAUUACACUGAAAAAAAUGUAGAAAGAAUUACUUAAAUUGUUGACAUACAAAUUAGUGAUUAAAGUUAUAUUAAAACAUUUAAUAACUGAUUUUAAAAACUGUUAAUUUGUGUGUCACCGAUUGAAGUAUUUUUUAAGUUGGUCAGCAUUUGCUCAUAGUACAUUUUAGUAUUUAGAGUUUCACUGUAAAUUUUACAUCUGUAGGUUUAUGUCAGUUUAACAAAACUAGUUUCAUUUACUAUUUCCUCACAUAGAAGAAAUCUUAAUAAUCAACAGCGAAAAUUGUAAACGUUGAAAAUUCAUUCUCCGGACGUCUUGAAUGUCAAAUCCUUCAAGUGGAAAUAAAGAAAUUGUUGCAGCCGUCAGAUAUAAAUUCACAUUUAUAUAAUUAAUAUGAAAACGAUGUGAAUACGAAUUCCACUCAGCAGCGUUUUACAAGCUGACGUGAUGAAUUCAUUUACAGGCACAUGUGGUUUAUCAGCAGUAAACACGGAACUUCACAUACGAUGAAUCACGUGCCGACACGACGUGGCUCUCAGACCUUCACAUGUGAAACAUAAUAUUUUAUGUGGACAGAUGCCAGCGUGGUUAUUAAAACUAAAAUGUUGUGUUAUGAUUGAUGGUGAAAGAUUCCUCACAUCUCCUCUUUAGUUUUUAUGUUUGUUUUAAUGUUGUUUUGUUCGGUUUUUGUGAAACUUGACAAUCGAGAGUUGGUUCAGUCGACUCCAGAUGUGUUUGUUCUGUGAUUUGUAAAAUUAUUAAAAAAACUCACUCACACAGAAUCAUUGCAGCAAUAUUCCUCUUUGUGAUGAUUAUUAAACUGUGUUCAUAUUGUUUAUGAGGAACGUUUAAGUUUGAAUCACUCAGCUACUGUAUCUGCACACAAUGCAAAAUAUGACUUGAGAUUUAUUUAUGAAAACACUGAUUGCAGUUGAUUCU